AAUCAGGUGAGAGACGGCUUAACUGAUAUCUAUAAGCUGGUGUCUGAUGUUGUCUCAAGCGACUUAGAACUUUUGAGAGAUUUGGAGGCUAACAUGGUCUCAUGUGUGAAAUGGAGUGAUGCUGGAGAAGUUGCUAGUUUAUCAUUCUAUAAUGCAUCUGGUGGCAUUACAUCCAGCAAUUUACAAAACAAGGAGAGCUUUCGGUCUGUGGAUUCUUGGUCAAAUGCCAAUCUACCAGACCAUUUUGAUGCCAAUUUUACAGUUGAUGCUGGUGGCUUUGUUGCACAUCACCUGCAAGAAUUCAUGAAUGAAAUCAUUGCACUCAAAGAAAAGUUGAACAGGCACUUGAAAUCAUUACAUGAACAAACUAGUAGUCUAUCAAGCACAAUGGGGGUCCUACAGAGAGAAAGUGCUUCUCAGAAAGAGUCAUUUGAAGCUUUAAGGAGAGACAUUGUGCGAUUAGAAUCGAUUGGAGGAGAAAAGGACAUGAAAAUUGGUGCACUGAGUAGAAAUAUUGCCCUGCUGAAUGAGGCCUGUGCUAACUCAAUUAUUGAAAUUGAGAAUAGGAAAGCCGAGCUGUUAGGAAAGAACUUUUCUGCUGCAGAUAUGGGAAGCUUGAAAUCUGUAACAGAUACUGAUCUUGGGCUUCCUUUCACCAGGCAGAUUGAUUUUUCCUCUGAGGAAUUUGUGAAGACCAUGGCAGACAGAGUAUCAUUAGCUGUAAAAGAGUUUGCUACUGUGAAAGCUGAUUUUGCUGAGAGUGCCCUAAAGGAAAUGAAAAUGUCUGUAGCAAACUUGCAAAAAGAGCUUCAGGAGAAGGACAUUCAAAAAGACAGGAUUUGCAUUGAGCUUGUUGCUCAAAUCAAGGAAGCUGAAUCUGCUGCAGCGAGUUACUCACAGGAUCUUCAGUCCUCAAAAACCUUGGUGCAUGAUUUGCAGAAACAAGUGGAACAUAUGCAGGAGGAACAGGAUUUGUUGGAACAGAGAGUAAAAGAGCUGCAUGAUGUGCAAGCUAUCUCAAUGGAGCUGCAGAACAGGGUUGGAUCAUUGACAGAUAAACUAUCAGCCAAAGACCAAGAAAUUGAGGCUCUAAUGCAAGCACUUGAUGAAGAAGAGGUUCAGAUGGAAGAGUUGACAAGAAAGAUUGAGGGACUAGAAGAAAAUCUGCAGAAAAAGAAUGUAGAUUUGGAGAAUCUUGAAGCUUCUCGUGCCAAGGUGGUGAAAAAGCUUGCUGUCACAGUGAGGAAGUUUGAUGAGCUCCACAAUCUCUCUGAAAGUCUUCUCUCAGAGAUUGAAAAGCUCCAGUCACAACUUCAAGAUCGGGAUGCUGAGAUCUCAUUUUUAAGAAAUGAAGUCACAAGAUGCACCAAUGAUGUUCUUUCUGCAUCACAGACAAACAGUAAGAGAGACUCAGAGGAGAUUUAUGAAUUUUUUACUUGGUUUGAUGCAGUGGUUUCUCGGGUUGAGGUUCCUGAUCUGCAUGUUGAUGAUAAGAACAGCAAUCAGGUCUAUGAAUACAAGUUUGUUUUUCAGAAGAGGAUUAAUUCUAUUAUAUCAGAACUGGAGGACCUACGAGUGGUGGCUCAAAGCAGGGAUGCUUUGCUCCAAGCAGAAAGGAGUAAAGUAGAGGAGUUAAUACGCAGGGAAGAAACUCUUCAGAGAACCUUACAUGAGAAGGAAUCCCAAUUAAACAUGCUUGAAAAUGUGGGAGAUUCAGCCCGAGCAACUGGUUUCAACUCUGAAAUUGUUGAAGUUGAACCUGUGGUAAACAAAUGGGCAGUUGCUGGCACAUCCACUGCAUCUCAAGUUCGCAGUUUGCGUAAGGUGAAUAAUGAUCAAGUGGCUAUUGCUAUAGAUAUGGAUCCGGGUGGUAGUAAUAGGUUAGAAGAUGAAGAUGAUGAUAAAGUUCAUGGUUUCAAGUCACUUACUACAUCAAGAAUUAUUCCAAAAUUUACCAGGCCUGUAACUGACAUGGUUGAUGGCUUAUGGGUUUCUUGUGAUCGAGCACUAAUGCGACAACCUGCCUUACGUCUGGGUAUUAUAAUGUAUUGGGCUGUAUUACAUGCACUAUUGGCGGCUUUUGUAUUCUAAUGAGAUAGUCAGGUUAGUGGACUCUUCCUCCAGUAUAGAUCACAAUAUCUUCAGCAUUGUGCUUAUUGAAAUUUUUUGAUCUGUAACCUUGGGAAUCUCCGGCCUAAAAAACACCUUGAGAUUCUGUUUUGUUUCAAGAUUUUGCACAGCAUUUUUAAAGCACUGUAGAGAGGAUAAUCAUUUGUUCACAUAAAUCUUAGAAAAAUAUGAGCAUAGAAGAAGAGGAGAAAUUCAGAGAACCGAGGAAACCAGUUUUGAGAAUUUUCAUUAUUAUUAGAGUGCAUAUGUUUUCUAGUCCUAUCUUCCUUCCAGUCUGUAUUCGUUUGUCAUGCUUAUCUAACAUGUUAAAAUAAUUGGACCAUCAUUUCUUCGCCUGUAAUAAAAUGAUAGAUGAGCUGUCAUCUGGCAUAGAGAAAAUCGUGCUUUCUCGUGCUUGAGUUCAUGGCCCACCUGAUCUGCAGGUUCUCCACUUGGUUGGAAGCGAAAGAUUAGUACGGACUCUCAAACCAUGUUCAUAUCCUCAAACGGACAUUUCUGUGGGUAAUGAAUUCAAAUUUUUUUUUUUCGCUAAAUCUCGCUCGUUGAUUGAUUAUUUUUGCUUCUUGAGGCAAUUGAGGUUUGCCAUUUUUAUAAAUCAGGGUUUGUAGA